GAAGAGACUAGCGCCCUUGACUUGUACUAUCUAUCUUGUACGAGUAGGAGUAGUAGGUACCACUGUGUGCUCUGCAUUCAACAACUGAACUGGAAGAAUCCGUUCCUCUUGUUCGAAUCGACAAUCCGAGGUAAAACAAACAAAGACGAUCAAAGUUGAGAGAGAGAGCUCAUGGAUUGCCUGUACAAGAACCCUAACUCCCCAAUCGAAUCAAGAAUCCAAGACUUGCUCUCCCGAAUGACCUUGCAAGAGAAGAUCGGCCAGAUGACUCAAAUCGACCGUCGCGUCGCCUCUCCUUCCGCCAUCCGUCACCUCUCCAUUGGGAGUAUUCUCAGCGCCGGCGGUGGCGGGCCGUUCGAGAAAGCGACGACGUCGGAUUGGAUUAACAUGACCGACGGAUUACAGCAGGCCGCGCUGCGGUCUCGCCUAGGGAUUCCACUGCUCUACGGCACUGACGCUGUUCACGGUAACAACAACGUGUACGGCGCCACUGUGUUUCCUCACAACGUCGGCCUCGGAGCCACCAGGGAGGCGGAAUUGGUUCGGAGGAUUGGGGUUGCGACAGCUCUUGAAGUUAGGGCUUGUGGCGCUCAGUUUGCUUUUGCGCCUUGUGUAGCUGUAUGUAAAGAUCCCAGAUGGGGAAGAUGUUAUGAGAGCUACAGUGAAGAUAGUGAGAUUGUUAGAAAGAUGACUUCAAUAGUUACAGGUUUGCAGGGACAGCCACCCCAAGGACAUCCAAAGGGAUACCCAUUUGUAGCUGGAAGAGAGAAUGUUGUCGCAUGUGCCAAGCAUUUUGUUGGAGAUGGGGGGACAAACAAAGGUACUAAUGAGGGCAAUACAGUUGCAUCGUAUGAUGAGUUGGAGAGAAUCCAUAUGGCACCUUAUCUGGACUGUAUUUCUCGCGGAGUUUGCACUAUCAUGGCCUCCUACUCUAGCUGGAAUGGGAGGCAACUGCACUCUGACCAUUUUCUCCUAACACAAGUUCUCAAAGAAAAACUAGGAUUCAAGGGUUUUGUCAUUUCCGACUCCGAAGCACUUGAUCGACUUUCUCAUCCAUAUGGUUCUAACUAUCGAAAUUCCGUCUUGUUAUCCGUCAAUGCUGGAAUUGACAUGGUGAUGGUGCCUUUUAGGUAUAAACUAUUCAUUGAGGAUUUGACAUAUCUAGUGGAAUCGGGAAAGAUACCUAUUGCCAGAAUUGAUGAUGCUGUAGAACGGAUCCUGAGAGUAAAGUUCGUUGCUGGAGUUUUUGAAUAUCCCCUGACUGAUAAAUCUUUGCUAGAUACAGUUGGUUGCAAGCUGCAUAGAGAACUUGCUCGUGAGGCGGUUCGCAAGUCCUUGGUUUUGUUAAAGAAUGGAAAGGAUCCAAGGAAACCGUUUCUUCCUUUAAAUAGGAAUGCUGUAAGAAUUCUUGUUACUGGAACACAUGCUGAUAAUCUUGGCUAUCAGUGUGGGGGUUGGACAGCUACUUGGAAUGGAGCCAGCGGCAGAAUAACUAUUGGCACAACUAUUUUGGAAGCUCUUAAAGCAGCAGUGGGAGAUAAAACGGAAUUGGUGUACAAGCAAUGCCCAUCAGCUGACACCUUUGUAACUCAAGAAUUCUCUUUUGCCAUUGUAGCCGUUGGUGAGGAACCGUAUGCUGAAACUGUGGGUGACAAUUCAGAGCUCACAAUCCCUUUUAAUGGAACUGAACUCAUUAGUUCAGUUGCGGACAAAGUUCCCACAUUGGUGAUUCUUAUCUCCGGAAGGCCAUUAGUUUUAGAGCCAUGGCUUUUGGAAAAGAUAGAUGGCCUGGUAGCCGCUUGGUUGCCCGGGAGCGAGGGAGAGGGAAUCGCAGAUGUUCUCUUUGGAGAUUAUGAGUUCCAAGGAAGACUCCCUAUGACAUGGUUUAAAAGGGUUGAACAACUGCCAGUGCAUUCGGGGGAGAACUCCAAUGACCGUUUAUUUCCCUUUGGCUUUGGGUUAACAAGCAAUAAGCAAAAGCUUUCUGAGUGAUCAGUCAUGUGAUGUGUUAGAAUAUAGUAUUAGUAGUCCCACAUUGCUUAGUUUACUUAUUCAAUAUGUGAGUCAUCUAUAUAAAUAAGAUUGUUAUGUGUUAAGGUUAUUUAACACCCUA